UAUAAAUGAAUUCCAGUGAGUAAAAAGAAUUGUUUCAAAGGCGGCCUUAAUCAGCACGACCGUUUAGCUAUUAUCCUCGUCCAACAGCCAGUAACUCCCGCCACUUUAGGAAAAAUCGUUUCCAACACCUAACCAUGGCAAUACACUCACAGCCACAGCCCAUUUCUUACACAAGCUUUGGCUGGUCACACUCCAUCUCCACACCACCCACCAACCAUUUGAUAAAAUUCCUCACAGAACUCAACUUUCAUGUACACCCGGUAAUUCUAGCCGUUAAAUCAUCCAAAUUGGGUUCCAAAGUUGCCCCAGUUGGGCUUCAGAGACAUCCCAAGAAGGAUUUGUCUCGGUUUCUGAGGACUGAUGCUGCUAUACAAGCUAUUGAGCAGAAAGCUAACUCGGACAAGUAUAAUAGGCUUUGGCCUAAGGCUGUGUUGGAGGCUCUUGACGAUGCUAUGAGGGAGAAUCGCUGGGAAUCGGCUCUUAAGAUUUUUGAGCUUCUCCGUAAGCAACAUUGGUAUGAGCCAAGAAGCCGAACAUACACGAAGUUGUUGAUGAUGCUUGGCAAGUGCAGGCAACCUGAGGAAGCCGGUUUUCUUUUUGAGACCAUGCAGACUGAAGGCCUCCAACCUACUAUUGAUGUUUACACUGCUCUUGUUAGUGCUUAUGGAGAAAGUGGCCAACUUGACAAGGCAUUUUUAUUGGUUAAUGAAAUGAAAUCGGUUUCUGAUUGUAAACCAGACGUAUAUACGUAUUCUAUUUUAAUAAAUAUUUGCACUAAACUCCGUCAUUUUGAUCUGAUUGGUAGAAUUCUUGAUGAGAUGUCAUAUUUGGGAGUUGAAUGCAGCACUGUCACAUUCAACACUAUUAUCAAGGGAUAUGGUAAGGCUAAAAUGUUUAGAGAAAUGGAGAACACGCUGACAGAAAUGAUUGAAAGUGGCAACUCACUCCCAGAUCUUUUCACUUUUAAUUCUGUAAUUGGGGCUUACGGGAACAGUGGCCGACUUGAGAAGAUGGAGAAAUGGUAUGAUGAAUUUCAGCUUAUGGGAAUAGACCCCGACAUUAAGACAUUUAAUAUCCUGAUAAAAUCAUAUGGAAAAGAAGGAAUGUAUGAGAAGAUAAAUUCUGUCAUGAAAUUUAUGAACAAAAGAUUCUACUCUCCGACCAUCGUUACUUACAAUAUUAUCAUUGAGACAUUUGGAAAAGCUGGUAAUAUCGAGAAGAUGGAUGAGUACUUUAAAAUAAUGAAGCAUCAGGGAAUGAAGCCUAAUGCUAUUACCUAUUGUUCUCUUGUUAGUGCUUACAGCAAAGCUGGACUUAUAAUGAAGGUUGACUCAAUUUUAAGGCAUGUAGAGAAUUCUGAUGUAGUACUCGAUACCACUUUCUUUAACUGCAUUAUCCAUGCCUAUGGUCAGGCUGGUGAUAUAGAAAAAAUGACUGAACUAUUCGUGAAAAUGAGUGAAAGAGAAUGCAAACCUGACAAUAUCACCUUUGCGACCAUGAUUCAAGCCUACAUAGCGCAAGGAAUGACCGAAGCUGCUCAAGAGUUGGAAAAUAAGAUUCUUGGAGCAAAUACGACUUCAGGAACAAAGAUGAUUGAAGCCUAGAACUGUUGGUGGUUAUUAUUCAAUGAUGGGGACUAAACCUUGAUAAUAGGUAAUUCAAGAUGAGGUGCAAUUUGGGAAUAGCUUUCCUAUCUCCUUUUUUGUGUCGACUUCCGUUGCAGGGAGACUAUUUCUUUUUUAAUCAACCGAUAUGGAUACUAUGACGACCAUCUUUCAAAUUCUUAAAAGGAUUCGAUAUGCAGUUCUAUAUUUCCAUAUACAUUGGUUUCAGAUCUCUGGAGAUUGCACUACAAGGAAACUGGAAGGAUAUAAAAGAUGGACAUAGAAUGGGAUUAAAUUGCACAUAGUUUCACUUAUGUUAAAUCAAAGGAGUAUGGUGGAUGGUGAUGGGGUCGAAAGCGUUUUUUUUUUUUUUAAUUAAUUCUUUUAAUAAAAUUAAAAAAUUGGAGUAUAGUGGAUGGUGAUGGGGUCGUGUUUUUUUUUAUUUAAGGCUAAUCCCCUGAAAAACACCCCACAUUUCAACCCCCUUUCAUUUACACCCUCACCUUUUAAAAUCUCCAAUUUUAUCUAAAUUUCCACCUUUCAUUUUCAAUUGCACCCUAAAAGUAUUAAAUUAGCCCUUUUUCACUAUAAAAAAAUUCAAAUCGAUAAUUUAUAUUUUAAUUCAUAUUCUAAAUAGUCCUUAAUGUUUAAAUUUCAACAAUAAAACCAUAUUUCCUAAAAUUUGAAAAGUUAAUUUUUUUUAUAUAAAAUAUAAAUCAAUUAAAAAUAUCAUUAAAUAUAUUUUUGUUGUUGAAAUUUAAACAUUAAGGACUAUUUAGAACAUGAAUUAAAAUAUAAAGUAUCAAUUUCAACUUUUUUUAGUGACAAAAGCCCAAUUUAAUACUUGUAGGGUGCAAUUGAAAAUGAAAGGUGAUAAUUUGGGUAAAAUUGGAGAUUUUGAAAGGUGAGGGUGCAAACGAAGGGAGGUUGAAAGGUGGGGGGUUUUUCAGGGGUUAAUCCUUUAUUUAAUUAGUUUUAUAAUAAAAUUUAAAAAUUAUUUGAUUAUUUAUUUAAGACUUAUUUGAAUGUUUUUAAAGAUUAAGGACUUAUUUGUAUUUUUUCAAAUGGAAGAGAAUAUGAUAUUUAUCCUUCUA